CCCAGAGGCAGUGUGAGGCGGAGGAACCGUCGGGGGGCGCCGCCGCCGCUGCCGCGAGCAGCAGCAGCAACAGCAACAACAGCAGCAGCAGCAACAGCAGCAGCCGUGCGGCGCGACCGGAUUUGUCUGUAGCCCUCCGGGAGCGCUCCACAAAGCGGGCCCGCGCCUCUCGUUCGCUCCGCGGCUCCUCAGCUCUCGGCUCCGCCGUCAACUUCGCCUCGUGGGGCUUGGCCGACUGGCGAGGCAGGCGGCGGCGGAACGCCAGGCUGUCUGCUCGCGCCCCCCGCGCACGCACUCUUCACCCCCACGUUCUGGGUCUCGGGGGCCGCACUGGCAUUCCGGCCACCAGCAGUUGUCCGGAGAUAAUGCAAAAGGUGUCCCAAGGCUCCUGACCAGUAAACAAAGAUUUGAGAAAGACAGCCAAGCUCAUGUUUUCUCCUGAUCAAGAAAAUCAUCCUUCCAAAGCACCAGUAAAAUAUGGUGAACUUAUUGUCUUAGGGUAUAAUGGAUCUCUCCCAAAUGGUGAUAGAGGAAGGAGGAAAAGUAGGUUUGCUUUGUUUAAAAGACCUAAGGCAAAUGGGGUAAAGCCCAGCACUGUGCAUAUUGCAUGUACUCCUCAGGCAGCAAAGGCAAUAAGCAACAAGGACCAGCAUAGCAUAUCAUACACUCUAUCUCGGGCCCAGACAGUGGUGGUUGAAUAUACUCAUGAUAGCAACACUGAUAUGUUUCAGAUUGGUCGGUCGACUGAAAGUCCUAUUGAUUUCGUUGUAACUGACACGGUUCCUGGAAGUCAAAGUAAUUCUGAUACACAGUCAGUUCAAAGCACUAUAUCAAGAUUUGCCUGUAGAAUCAUAUGUGAACGGAAUCCCCCCUUUACAGCACGGAUUUAUGCUGCAGGAUUUGAUUCAUCAAAAAACAUUUUUCUUGGGGAAAAGGCUGCCAAAUGGAAGACAUCCGAUGGGCAGAUGGAUGGCUUAACCACUAAUGGUGUUCUUGUGAUGCAUCCACGUAAUGGGUUCACAGAAGACUCCAAGCCUGGAAUAUGGAGAGAAAUAUCGGUGUGUGGGAAUGUAUUCAGCCUGCGUGAAACCAGAUCAGCUCAACAGAGAGGAAAAAUGGUGGAAAUUGAAACCAAUCAGUUACAAGAUGGCUCAUUGAUUGACCUCUGUGGUGCAACAUUGCUGUGGCGUACUGCAGAAGGCCUUUCCCACACUCCCACCGUGAAGCAUUUAGAAGCUUUAAGACAGGAAAUCAACGCAGCACGACCUCAGUGCCCUGUAGGGUUCAACACAUUAGCAUUUCCUAGUAUGAAGAGGAAAGAUGUUGUAGAUGAAAAACAACCAUGGGUAUAUCUAAACUGCGGCCAUGUACAUGGCUAUCAUAACUGGGGAAACAAAGAAGAACGUGACGGAAAAGAUCGUGAAUGUCCUAUGUGUAGAUCUGUCGGUCCCUAUGUCCCUCUGUGGCUUGGAUGUGAAGCUGGAUUUUAUGUGGACGCUGGCCCUCCAACACAUGCAUUUAGCCCUUGUGGGCAUGUGUGUUCAGAGAAGACAACAGCCUAUUGGUCCCAGAUCCCGCUUCCUCAUGGUACUCACACUUUUCACGCAGCCUGUCCCUUUUGUGCACAUCAGUUGGCUGGUGAACAAGGCUACAUCAGACUCAUUUUCCAAGGACCUCUAGACUAACAGACAGUUGUCCUCCAGGACUACAUUAUAAAUUUAUAAGCUAAGUGAUUUGGGUUUUGCAACCUGUUGUUCACGUCACAGUUUCUCUGCUCUGGUCAUUUGCAUUAAGAUGAAGAAUUUUUUUAAAAAUUUAUAAAAAAUAGUAGCAAUUUCUGAGCAAAAUCGGGGAAACUCAAGCAAAGGAAUUUUUGAAAGUUCCAGACUUCUGAAUUACGAUCUUUGAAAAUAUAUUUUGAGGAGAAAAAGACAUAGUCUAAUUUGAUGCCUUCAUUUUAGUGUUUUUGAAUCACCCAUCCUCAGUGUCGAGAAAUUGUUUUGUAUAACUGAGGGUACUGCUGGUUCAAACUAUGUUAGUUUACAGUUUGUUGCAAACAUUGUAAAAUACAGCAACAUGUAUAUUAACUUUUUUCUAUUUAUCUUUAUUUUAGAAAAUAUCUUAGAACGUUCUUGAUAGUGUAGCAUGGUAAUGAUGGCGUCACACCGUGUGUGUGAAUGGUAGUUUAGUGAGCACAAAUCUCAAGGAUUUGCAAACUUAGGAAGAAGAACAAGAGAGCCUCUCUCCCAUUUCCCAUCUAAAUAUGUGAUUUGGUAAAUUAGAAUACUUUAUAAAAUCAGGUUCACAUUAAUUACCAUUGUCUAAGAAGUGUUUGUUUUUAACCACAUUGAAGAUAAUCAGGAAAGAUUUUUUUUUCCUUAAUGUUUCUCUCAAGUGUAGUACUACAACAAAAACUUAAUGCUAAGAAACAUUUUAUAUGCUCCUUUGAAUAUGCAAUUUAAUCUAGAUUAUCUAUUUUUCUCCCAUGAUAAUUAACCUGUUUUUAGUAUCAGCAACAUUUGGCAAGUUUAUUUUUUGGAUAUAAACUGUGGUUCAUCUGUUCAGUGUUUCUAGAAAAAAAAAAAUCAUUCCCAUGAGAAAAAUAUAAAUUAACAAGAAAGGAGAGUGACUUGAUUUGCUUUUAGAAAAAAAAAUGCUUAGUUAAUUCUGUAUUUGGCUUUAUCUGGGCAUUAGAAAAUUUAGAGAUAGAGGGUUAAAGAAUGAUGAUAGUGCCCUCCACUUUUAACCUAGCAGACCAGCCUUAACUGUGGACUUGAAUCCUAAUAAGAGUUGCCACAGUGUGACUCAAAUAAAUGUUUGGUUGGCAGAUGCUCACCAGUGACAGCAGAGUUGAGGGAUACACUUGCAAGGUCUGUUUAUUCUCUUUAACUCCAGUAAGUACUUUGCUUUCAUAAGUAAGAAAAAGUUUCUUCUCCUUUGCCCUAAUCUUUUUUCUAAAUGUGCCACAAGAAAAGUAUAGAUAGUUGCACUACAUCAAACCCUUUUUGACACUUGUAGAAAUCAAUACAUUUUCAGAUUUUGACAGAAUAGUUUUUUAGUCAUUUGAUUUGUUUUCCUUUAAUUUGAAAAGUUGUAUGAUACUUAAUUGACUAGCAGGUUUUUAUAUGUGGUAGCAUAGCUUUAAUUUAUCCUAUUACAUUGCUGUUAUAUUUUAGGGGGGUUAAAAAAGCAAAACUUGUCACUUAGAAGCCAUGAACUAUUUUAUUUUACUUUGACUGUCAAAAUUCCUUGUUUUUAAAAAUGAUCAUUGAGUUCACUCAGGAAAUGCAUGUCAGGAAACUUGUAUUAUAAGUUUAUUAGUUGUGAUGUAUCAGUAACUAUUGUUACCCCUUUUUCAAAGAAACAUAAUGAUUCUGAAUUUUCUAGAUUGUCACAUGCUUUGUGACUAAUGCAAGGAAAUCAAGUCCUGUGUUGUAUUUGUUCUAGUCCUUUCUAUUCAGGCUAUAUACUGUAGCUUAAUUUUUAUUUGCAAUUAAUUUAUUCAAACUAAGUAAAUACUUUCCAAAAUAGA